AAGAACAAGAUGGAAGCUUUUCUUUAUUGGAUCCUUCUUAUUCUCUUGCCAGCAGUGGCAGUAGGUAAAGAUUAUUAUAGAGCAGCAGUCUUUGAGCAUCGGCCACGGGGUGAACCCCCUGAAGAACCAAAAGAUAUAAUUACUGCAAACCUCCGGUUUUAUGAACAAGCAGCGGCACUUGCAGCAGAAAAGGGCGCUGACAUAAUUGUUUUCAAUGAGUUUGGCUUAUUUCCAUACAUAAAAAGCCGAGAAGAAUUGAAGAAGUUUAUGGAAUAUAUACCUGAUCCUCAAAAAACUCUUUCCAAUCCUUGUGUUGAACAACCAGAAGAUAGUAUAAUUUUGAAUACGCUUAGCUGCAUGGCAAAAGACAAUCACUUAUAUGUAGUAGCAAAUUUGGGCGACGUGCAGCCAUGCGAAGGAUAUUGUGAUGCUGACAUAGAAAGUUGUUCAGUGAAAUGUCCGCCUGAUAACUUAUUCCUGUACAAUACAGAUGUCGCUUUUGACAGAGAUGGAAACCUUGUAGCCAAAUACCAUAAGCAACAUCCUUAUUUCGAGCUUUAUAUUAAUAAUCCAGAAGAAACUGAAUAUGUCACAUUUGAAACCGAUUUUGGUGUGUUUGGUAUGAUCGUGUGUUUCGAUUCUGUUUUUAAAGAGUCAGUUAUACUAUCAGAAAUGGGUAUAGAUACACUUUUAUUUCCAACUGCUUGGUUUGAUGACAUAGUUCCUUUUAACGCACCAGAGUGGCAACAGUCUUGGGCUUUAGCCAACCAAGUACAUUUUCUUGCAGCUGGUUCACAAAAGCCAGGAGUAGGUAUGUUAGGGAGCGGUAUUUUUUCCAAAUAUGAUGGUGCACUUGCUUACACUUAUGAUCCAGACGGUGAAUCUAAGUUACUAGUGGCAAAUGUCAAGCUACGAAAUGACGUUGUAAUUGAUACAAAUCCUUCUCUAACCAUUGUAACUGAAACAACUAAUUAUCCGAAAGAAGAAACAGGGGAAGAUUUUCCAAAAAACUGUUACAAUAAAUUAGUUGGAAAUGCAACCGAUUUAUAUACCGAGUACAGAUGCUUCACGUCGCAAACAGAAAAUUAUACUUUGGUGAAACUCACCGAACCAAGUGGACACGUAGAGGCAUGUAACAAUGGAUUUUGCUGUACUCUAAAUUACACAGCGAAUGAUAUGCAAGAAGAUUUCUACUUCGUGGCGAUAAAUGGUUCUAACAAUGUCAGAGACUACUUUUAUUGGUGUGAAGAAACAUGCAUGUUGGUUAGAUGUGAUCCGUUUGAAGAAAAACCGUGCGCAUUGUUACCUUCUCGUUCCAAAACUGUAUUCGAAUCUCUAGAACUAAAAGGUGAGUUCACCGCGGAAAGAAUUUAUCCGACAGUUUCGAAAGACAAACAUCGCCUUGCCCCAAAAGCAGAGUGGCAAUUUAGACUCGAGAAUAACAAAGCUAUCUUGGAUUUUCUUUCGAAGGACGACAGUCCUUUACUAAAAGCUGGCUUUUUAGGCCGCUGUUAUCAACGCGAUCCACCAUUUGUACCUUUUUACAAGUACUAAGGGAGCUUAGUUUUUAUCGACAUGAUAUCACAUCAACUCAAAUCUUGUUGCCAAAUGAAAUUCUUAUGAGGUCAAAAAUAAAAUAAACGUAUUCCUUAUGCAGCUAAACGUACUAUGUUGCAAAAUAAAUUCUUUAAGCUUAUGUAUUCCGUGUUUUACAUUUUUGUCAC